AUGUUGUCGCCUCGAGCGGCAGACAACCACAAUACCGUGGCUUCGUCGUCAAGGCAGCUUGCUAGCAGUAGCAGCAGUGACGAUGAUGACAACGACGACGACAUGAAUAGCUCGAUAACAGAGCUGGAUAGCUCGAUAGCAGAGCAACCAGAUAGCAAUGACGACGGCGACAUGGAUGAUUGCGAAAGUGUGAGCAGCAGCACGAUCACAACGGAACAUGAGCUCUUGUUGAGACAACAAGAUGUUGAUGAAGACAUAGCCGUUUCCGUGGCAGGAGAACAGACAACUACAGAGACGACUCAUAAUGGCGAUACGCCAUGGUGGUUGGUACCUGGGUUUAGAUUUGUACCCACCGACCAAGAGAUCGUGCAACACUAUCUCAAGCUGAAGGUCCUGAAUAUAGCGCUUCCACGGCGGCACCCGGUGGCUGAGGGGCACAACGUUUAUGCUCUGGACGCAGAUGAGAUACCACUUGACGGCAGGAACGGGGACAAAGAGCGCUUAGGAUUCUUCUUCGCACGCGAAGAGGAUAAGGGCACCUACAGCAACGGGUGCUACCACGCCACGCCGGAAGGCUACUGGAGAAUCCGCGGCCGGCCGGCUCGCGUCAGGCAGUGCGGCCGCACGAUCGCCUUCAAGACGCCCAUGGACUUCUACCGCGGCAGGCCGCCGCACGGGUACCGGACUCCGUGGAGCAUGUUCGAGUACGCGCUCAACGCGGCGGACUGGCGCAACGACGGCCUCAGGAACACCACGCAGCCAUGGAUGAAUUCCUACGUCGUGUGCAAAGUUCGGAAGAGGGAGCGUCAGCAAGCGUCGGACGGCAGGGCGGAGAGGUUUUGCCGGAGUCUGCUGCCGAGACGAUCCUUUUUUAAGAUAGUGUCGCCGAGAAGCUUCAGGCUGGAGAAGAUAGUAGAUGGAGCGCCUCCGCCCCUGAAGGAAGAGGAAACAGCUCCGGAACGAGUCGGAGGCGAAAAAGGACUGCGUGGGAACCGUAUGCGUCCUAACAUGUUUUAGGAUUGCUUUCCCCUUUCGGUCUUUUGUGACGGAACCAACGUUUUGAACACUUGGUAGUAGCUUGUGUAGUAUAUUGUCAGAUACUGUAUGUUAGGUUGACAUAUUAGGACUUCACGUGUAUAGUAUCGUCUUGAAUUAUGUACACUAGCUCGGUUAGGUUACUAUCGAUACUAGUAAUCUACUAGCUCGGUUAGGUUACUAUCGAUACUAGUAAUCU